UCCACCUCAGCCUCGAAGUCUUACGAUGCAUCCAGCCGGCGUCGCUACGUCGCUGCUGGCCAUACUGGCUGCAAAUGGCACGGCAGUACUCGACUGCGUGUGUACCCACGUCCAGCGCCGCUACGAUCACUACGGCUACGUUGGACAACUAAUAUACGGAACCUACUGUCGAGAGUUCAGACAGUUUGACGUUUCUCUAAAGUGCGAGACCCUCCAGCAGCCGUCCAUCGCGGUGAAAGCUUUGCUGCGUGUUUUACCAAGCUGGACGUUGGGACAGCAACGUCUCGGCUUCGGGGAGUGCGUCGAUGCACUGGCGGCGAUUCGCGGACUUACCAACGACACGGCAGAGCCACAGUUCAGCAGAGACCUCUGGUGCUUCAUCGCUGACGACUGUAUUGAUUCCUGUUCUGUGCCGGGAUUGAACGGCACGGAUUGGAACGUGGAAACCCUGGGAACUGAUCACCUGAGGGAGCCCGUCCUCUCCCAGUUGCUGCACGCUGUUCGGCGCAUCACGAAAGCCAUAAAAACCAGGAGACGGUGUGCCGAGGGGCAUCAGUGGAAUUUUCUUCACCAGUACGUGAACAAAACUGAAUUCCAGGCCGAGGUGCCACUCUACCUGGAACACCUGUCCAGCUACACUCGAGACGCCGUGCAGUUGCUCUCACUGGGUGUGACGCGUCUAUCACAACUGUUCAUACCACUGGCAUUCAAACUCAUGGAUAAACAGACUAAUGACCACCAGCUCCAAGGGUGGAUUAAUAACAUGGAACAUCUGAGAGACAUGCUGGACACACAAUUAUGGGGCUGGGUACAGGAUAUGGAACAUAUCAGCGAGCAGAUGGCGAACUACAAGGUGGAAGAGGACGUGGACAAGCCUGGGAUGUAUAUAAUAAGGCUUCCGCUGUUGAAUGAUCGCCUGCUGUUCUAUCACGGGAAAUACCUCUCCUUCCGUGACGAAUUUACUGCACAAUGCAAGGAGCAGCAGCCAGAGGCAUCAGUAAUGUUCGGUCUCGCCGACGCGCUGUACGGCUUCUAUCGUCGAUUCUGGUUCGACGAACUACAGAGAUUUCUCCCAUAUUAUGAACAUCCCUUCAGCCUGAACUACCCACAACGGCAUUACGCGCGUCAUAUCGACAUUAUAGGUGAAGAGUGGCAGCUGGAAGACAAAAGCAACGCUACCAUCUCUGUGGACGCUGGCUGCCUGGAGCUGUUGGUGAACGCUGUGGACCACCCCACGUGUCCACUGGAAGACCUGCCACCGGAAACUAUUGAUCAGCGCGAGCAGUGCCGCGUGCAGCUGUGGAACGACCUGGUUCAGGGGUCGACCUACGUACCUGAGACCAACCGCCGCAGGGCGAACGUCAGCCUCUGCCUCUUGGCCUGGAUGACAGCCAAGUCGUCCGGCAUUUGUCAGCACGUCCCUUUUAGUAUGAUUCUGUCCGUGCAUGACGCUCGCUGCGUUUUCGAUAGUCCUAACGACCCAUCUUGUCCGAAAUCGAACACUACAGAUGCCAUAUGCUCUGUUUCCAGAGCUAUUCUGUUGCUGAAGUGUCGUGAUUCCUCUUCACACACGUCUUUCGCGGUAUGUGGCGCGUCCAUGGACCACCGUGGGUGGUACUCACCAACGAGGGGAAAAGACUGGGAAAGGAACAUGCAGCCAAAAGAAAUUUUACUGAGUUACAAACACGAUGUAAACAAUGGCACCUUGAAAUAAAAGGAUUUUGAAAUAAA